AUGGAUAUUUCUCGCAUCCAGGCCCGUGCCCAAAAGUUGGAAGAGCGGCAGCAACAACGGGGGAAUGAGCGUGAGCAUGAUAGGGGUUAUAGCCAGUUUGAUCGAUCUCUUCACUUCGGACCGGGCCAGUUUUUCAGAGUUUCAGAUUCUAAGUACAGGGGUGAUUUAGGCCAGAUGAGACCACCUUUACCUCGAUAUAUUCAGUGUGGAAAAUCACAUUGGGGACAUUGUCGGCUGGGUUUAGAUGUUUGUUAUGCCUACGGUCAACAAGGCCAGAUUAUGCGUGACUGUCCAUCGAGAGGUGGGAGAGGCAUGAUCCAGCCCACAGGAUCAGCAGGUGGUUCUUCAUCAUCAGUACGUCCUCUGGGGCAAAGCUCACAGACACCAGUAGGUCAUGGAAGAGGUAUAGGAGGAGCGCCCUGUUCGAGUGGUCCUCAGUACUGUAUUUAUGCACUGGCUGGGUGA